ACGCAAAGCGACGAAGCCACACAAGACAGCACAACACAUUAUGUAUUGAAUUGAAUAUCUAUUUGUAGCAGAAGCUGAUUGGUAAUGGUAUGGUAAAUGGUAAUGCAUCCAUCGAUCACACUCACUUCCACUAACCUCUUCAGAUCAAGAUUACCACCUUCCUCUCCUUCUACUUCUCCCAACAAACCAACACUCUUCAUUAUUUUUAUUUUAUUAUUUUAUUUUAAAUUAAAUUGAAAACCGUCCACUUAGGAUUAGGCACGUCACAUCCUGUUAUCUCAUCACCCUCUUUCUUUUCCUCUCGCUAUCAUUUUUCCCUCUUUCAAAUCCAAUUAGUGUUUCUAUCUUCUCGUUCCCAAUUUUCCUUUCAUAAUAAUAUUCUACAAGGGACGAGAAUGAGGCUUUGGGGAUCGGAGAUCUUCUUCGCCAUCUUGCUCUGUUGUGGGACCCUCUCUUGCACCGCUCAAUCUCUCACCACCGCCACCAACGUUUGUCCCACGGAGUCUCUUUUGGAUUUCAUCUUAGGGUUUCCAGAUUCCUCCUGUUCCCUAUCUGAUUCUCUUGGAUCCAUUCAUUAUAUUGGUGUUACUGAGGGAGAUGAGGUUUCUUUGCAGAAAGCACUGAAUAUGGUUCAUAAGAAUUACCAUGAGUAUGUGGCAGUGCUCUUCUAUGCAUCGUGGUGCCCUUUCUCUCGGAUAUUUAGACCGGUUUUUUCUGUCCUUUCUUCCUUAUAUCCUUCUAUUCCUCAUUUUGCUAUUGAAGAAUCAUCUGUUAGGCCGAGUACUUUAUCGAAGUAUGGUGUCCAUGGUUUCCCUACACUAUUCAUUUUGAAUUCUACCAUGCGCGAUCGGUAUCAUGGAUCUCGGACCCUUGGUUCUCUUGUAGGUUUCUACAAUGAUGUUACUGGAAUUAGGAUUGAUUCACUUGAUCAACUAUCCCUUGAGAAGAUUGGACGCCCAUCUGCUAAUGAGAAUCACUGUAAGACUGAACCUGAAAGCUGUCCAUUCUCAUGGGCUAGAUCUCCAGAAAAUUUAUUGCGUCAGGAAACUUAUUUGGCUUUGGCCACUGCAUUUGUGGUUUUGAGAUUACUCUACUUAUUUUUUCCUACACUGCUUAUAUGUAUUCAAUAUGCUUGGAGAAGAGUCAACCAAAAUGUUAGAUUAUGGUGCUUAUUGGAACAUCCUUUGGUUUACUUAAAGCGUAUAAUACAGUCAUUUCACCGUUUGAAAGAGCCAUGCAAGAGAAGUAAUCUACAAGAAGGAGCAAUGAAUGCUAAGGCAUGGGCUUCCAAGUCCCUUGCCACAGUUUCAAUUGGAGAAGAAAGCACCAGCCGUGCAAUGCACCAGUAAGUUGACUGUACCUAACCGUUUUCCCUCUGAAAUUGAAGAUUUGGUAUACCCUAUGAAAGGCUUGGCUGCAAAUUAUGCCAUGUACUUUUGUGUCAUCAUCUUCACACCCUUGAGCCUCAUGCUUAAUGAAGUCAAUUGUGUUACUGAAUGAUGUAAUCAUCCCUUUUUUGUCUAUAUGAUCAAGAAAUACUUCAUUCAGCAUUUUAGAAAAUUGACUUCAAUGUGUAUAGUUUGAACGGAAAAUCUCAGACCUGAAAUCUGUAAUUCUUUGACUUGUAGGUUUACCUGAAGGUCAAAUCUUUUGAUCAUCAGCUCAUAAAUUUAUUUUUGUUGGGAAUGAAAUGAUUGUAAAUCCUGUCCCGAACUGAUUGGCUGCCAUGUUCAUAUACUCAAAUGUGGUUAUUUGUUAAACUUAAAAAGUAAUAAAUCUGAUCAAAAUAUCGAAUAA